CUGUAUGUGUGCAACAUGAUUUAGUGUCCCGUCGGCGGCAGGCAUCAGUGAAAGUCAUGGCAGGUCCUGACCUAUUAAAAACUCUGGUGUACACCGUGAAUCAUGUGCUGCGGCAGGAGAGAUACAGAGCGGCUCUGGCCGUGGUGAAAGGAUUCAGAAACGGCGUCGUGUAUGGAGCUAAAAUCAGAGCUCCACACGCCCUGGUGAUGACAUUCCUGUUCAGAGGUGGCAGUUUGAAGGACAAGCUCAGAACCAUCUUGAAGGCCACUUACACCCACUCCCGUAACCUGGCGUGCUUCGUGUUCACAUACAAAGGCCUGCAGGCUGUGCAGCAGAGGCUGCAGGGGAAGAGUCUACAGGCACACUCCUUCCUGGCUGCCUGUGUUGGAGGAUGGUUAGUGUUUGGAGACAACAACAGCAUCAACAGUCAGAUCAACAUGUACCUGCUGUCCAGGAUCUUGUUCGCCCUGUCUCGACUGGCUGUAGAGAAAGGAUUCAUCUCUCAGCCUAAACACGACCCCUUCCCGCUCUUCGCCACCCUGGUGUGGGGCAUCGUCCUGUGGCUGUUUGAGUAUUACCCCCACACCCUCCAGCCCUCGCUGCAGUCCUCCAUGAACUACCUCUACCACGACAGCAACGUGUGGCACGACAUAACAGACUUCCUCAUUUACAAUAAGCCAAGGACAGCACCUGUCAAAUGAAGCUUUAUUCUUUCCUCUGUAGACCUCUACAAGACAAUAAUUACACUUAGUUUUUAUAAUCACUAAUAUUCCCAUCAUACUGAAUGUUGCCUUCUUGAAUUAUUGUUUAAUUUUACUUUGUGCUAUAGGAAGUUUUUCUUCUUGAUGUUUGAUACAUUGAUGUAUUUUCUUGUGUUAUGGUUCAUGUAUGUUUGACGCCAAAUAUCCAGCUACAGAAAUACACCAGCGUAUUUCAGCUUUAAACAUCAGGAUCUGUGGCCAGUGGGAUUUUCCUGCUGAUAUUUGAGAAGUUGUAGAUUUGUCUGAUUUUAAUUUUCAUGGUUAAAAAAAAAAAAAAAUCACUGAAUACAGCUGCCACAGAAUAACAGGCCACAUCUGCUGAUACUGACACUGAAUGUCAAUAUCAGCAAUAUUACCAUCAACUGAUUGUCUAUAAAAUACAUAAUUAAAAUGGCACCAGGGUUUUUUUUUUUUUUCCUUAGUUUGAACAGGAGCUGGUCAGACCUGAAACAUGGUUUAUCCAGUGUUGUACUUAUGAUAGGACUCAUAUUUGGUGUGUUCCUUUUAAUUAAAUGAGGGUUCCCUCACACAGGUAAUCCCUGCAUCAUCUCCACAGGAAAUACUGGAUGUGCAUGGUGUAAGGUUUGGUGAAUGCAUCAAUAUUUAGAUUGUUUAGAUGAACGUGUGACAUGACAUAUUUAAUGACUGAUGAGUUUUAGUCAAACCGGUUUCUAGUUUUUCCAGUUGGAAAUUUGCCAGUCUACCCAGUUCAACAGCUGCAACUCAUUACCUCAUCCACAGUGCGCUCAGAAAAUAUUUAGACCCCUUCACUUUUUUCACAUUUCAUUAUGAUGCAGCCUCAUGUUAAAAUCAUUGUCAUUUUCCCCUCAUCACAUCUGCUUAAGACUGUAGAAUGACAAAACAAAGCAAAAAUGUAUUUUGCAAAUUUAUUGAAAAGGAAAGUUGAUCUAUCACAUUGACACAAAAGUAUUCAGACUCUUUACUCAGUGCUUUAGUUGAAGCACCCUUAGCAGCAGUUACAGCCCUGGGUAUUCUUGGGUAUGAUGGGACAAGCUUUACACACCUGGAUUUGGGGAUUUUCUUUGCAGAUCUUCUCUGGCUCUGUGUGUCAGUGUCAGCCAUUUUCUGAUUUCUCCAGAGAUGUUGAGUUUGGGUCAGGUCACUGGUGACAGUUUGUCUUGGAUGUGUGCUGGGGGUCAUGGUCAUGUUGGAAGGUGAAUACUCAGUCCAGUCUCAGGUCUUGAGGGAUCUGGACCAGUUCAGUCUUUCACUGAGGAGAAGUUUCCAUUAAACCCACACCAGUGGAGUGUUGCAGU